AUGGCCUUCCAAGUUCCGAUCCCUAUGCCGAAUCUGGCGGCAAUGACAUCGGAUGCUUGGCCUUCUCUGUCUAAAUUACUGAAUGCGCCCCGGAAACUGAUCGAGCACUCCGCCUCCCCCCGCCAGCUGCAACGUACCGGCCACGAAACCAGUUCGAUCGAAAAUCGCCAAACUUUUCUUCCCGAAUGUCUAACUACAGUAUCCUCCGAGGCUCUCAGAUCGGCUGUUAUGUACAAGCCGGCGGUAUUUGGAAUGCCUCGCUCCCUGUUCGCUGCGACCACUCUUUGGGCUCCGCCAUCGACCACUGGCCGCCGUCUUGCCACACCUGCCUCUCGUCUUUUCUCCACGCUGACCGCAAAUCCGAACCGCAUCCGCCACGCCCCGCACCUACACGGACUCUCACGUCUCCAACAACAGCGGUACCUCUUUGGGGGUCCGUCUCAGGCCUUACUAGCCCAGAGAGAGAAAACCGCGAACAACAACCCCAGUAGCGCGAACGCUCAAAAUGCAUUCUACCAGGCUCUUCUGCGCGCGAACCAUCCUGCCAUAAUCCUUGAACGGUACAGAUCCGGGUACUUUGCUAGUAACGCGGCCACUGAGGCGCUUUACCACAAGGCUUUGCAACGGGUCAAUGGAAUAGAUGGCUCAACAUCUUUCUUAGGCGCCAACCAACAGUCCAGUCCUGACCUGCUUCAUCAACUCAAGCCCGAUCAAUUACAAGCUAUUGGCCAGGCCGUCGGUGCUAAAGGUAUUCAUGGUAAAGUACACGCGGCACCUGGCCAAACCGGCACUGGGGCUAAAGACGCACCUCUGUACGUUGUGGUCGAGGAGUCAAUGGGAAGUACUAUUUUUCGCUGGGUGAGAUUUUUUACCAUGAUGGCAUUCAUCGCAUACAUAUCUUGGGUGAUUCUCGCUGUCGUCCUUGAGACUUCAGGUGUUUUGCGAAACGUCAAGGGCCCACAGAACAACGAAGCUCAACCUGAACACCAGACCGUGCGCUUCAGCGACGUUCAUGGAUGCGACGAGGCCAAGGAUGAGUUGCAGGAACUUGUUGAAUUCUUGAUCAAUCCCGAACGAUUUUCCUCGCUCGGUGGCAAACUGCCCAAGGGUGUUCUUCUGGUUGGUCCUCCUGGUACUGGUAAGACCCUACUCGCGCGUGCCGUGGCGGGUGAAGCCGGUGUUCCAUUCUUCUUCAUGUCUGGCUCGGAAUUCGACGAAGUCUACGUUGGUGUCGGCGCCAAGCGUGUUCGGGAUCUGUUCACUCAAGCCCGCAGCAAGUCCCCUGCCAUUAUAUUCAUUGACGAGUUGGACGCUAUUGGUGCGAAGAGAAACGAAAGGGAUGCCGCCUAUGUGAAGCAGACUUUGAACCAGCUGCUUACCGAACUCGAUGGAUUUAAUCAGAGUAGCGGAGUUAUCAUCAUAGCAGCAACCAAUUAUCCUCAGCUGCUUGACAAGGCCCUUACGCGGCCUGGUCGCUUCGAUCGAAAGGUGGUUGUCGGUCUUCCAGACGUCCGCGGUCGUAUGGAAAUUCUGAAUCACCACAUGAAGAGUGUACAAAUCGGUACUGAUGUCGAUGUGGCGGUCAUUGCUCGUGGCACCUCUGGGUUCUCUGGUGCUGACCUUGAGAAUCUUGUCAACCAGGCCGCCAUUUAUGCCAGCAGGAACAAGAAGACCAAGGUCGGACCCAAGGAUUUCGACUAUGCCAAGGACAAAAUCAUAAUGGGCGCGGAGGCUCGCAGCCGGGUCAUUCAGGAUAAGGACAAGCUUCUGACUGCUUACCACGAGGCUGGUCACGCUCUCGUUGCUUACUUCUCAAAAUCCUCGAUGCCGCUCUAUAAGAUCACUAUCGUGCCCCGCGGAAUGGCGUUGGGUAUCACACAUUUCCUGCCUGAGAUGGACAUGGUUUCCAAGGAUUACACCCAGUAUCUGUCGGAUAUCGAUGUCGCCAUGGGUGGCAAAGCUGCGGAGGAGCUCAUCUUUGGCCCUGAUAAGGUCACCAGUGGUAUCUCGGCUGAUAUUGAAGCAGCCACGAAGACCGCUUUCGCUCUCGUUACUCAAUUCGGGUACUCCAAGAAACUUGGAAAUGUCGACUUGAUGUCCAACUACAGCAGCCUGUCCUCCGAAACGAAACAAGAAAUCGAAGCUGAGGUUCGACGCAUUGUCGAGGAGGCUCGCGUUCGCGCCACCAACAUUUUGACCGAGAAGCACAAGGAGCUUGAACUGCUGACCCAGGCUCUGAUCAAGUACGAGACGUUGACUAAGGAAGAGAUGGAGAAGGUUCUUCGGGGAGAAAAGCUCGACAAGCUAGAAACGGCCCCGGCCGCCCCCAUCAAGUUGCCCGAGGUUCUCCGGACCGCCAAGUUGCCCUCGCCGAGCCCCGAGGACAUACCCCCAGUAGCAACCAAUUCCGCCAACGAAUGA